AUUUCGUCCCGUUCGGUAAAAAUUGGUACGUCGAUCGUGCUCCUUUCCACGAAAAUAAGUGUCAAUAGAAAAAAAAAUUGCACCGAAAAUGGGUUCAUCGGAAACUGGAUGUUCUGCAACUCCACCAAUAAAUUUCUCUUGGAUAGAUGAAAAUAUAUUAGCAGCUUGUGGAUGGCCCAGGACUGAAGAAAAUUUGGAUUUUUUAAUAACAAUGGGCAUUAAACAUUUAGUAACGUUGUCGUCGGAAUUUAUUCCACCACUUGCGAAUGUCAGUGGCUUAGAAUGGACGUUCAUCCCUAUUGAAGAAUUUGAAGCACCUGUGUUGGAUGAUAUCAGAAAGUUUAUAACUAUUUGCGAAAAACAUCGACAAAAAAAUGAGGCUGUCGCAGUCCAUUGCCGAUCUGGCCGAGGAAGAACCGGAGUGAUGGUGGCAUGUUAUUUGGUACACUAUUUCGGUAUUAUUCCACCAUCUGCCAUUUGUAACGUAAGAAUGGCGCGUUCUGGAUCUCUUGAAACAUACGCCCAAGAAAAAGCAGUCUCACUCUACUAUGAUUAUUUGAGAGUACAAAAAUGAAAUUGAAUAAACCUUUACAAUGAAAU